GUCGCCGGGCCGGGCUGGGCCGGGCAUGGGUCAGCCGCGCACCCGUCACGGGGCAGGCGACACAGACGUGUCUCUAAACAGAGGAUGUCCGGUGCCGGCGGCGGUAUAUAGGCGGCCGGCCACCGGCCAGCUGACUAGUCCGGCCGCCAGACGGAGGCGAGUGUAGCGCGCGCGGCGCGAGCUGAGCCCAGGCGUGCACUCGUCCCAGUGACUGGCGGAGCUCGCACGGAGCCGGUGCCUGCCGAGACUGAGCGCGGCCGCUGCUCAGACACAGUCGCAGCCAUGGUGUGGCUGCUGAGCAAGGACAGCUCCAGCUCGGGGGAUGAGAACGAGCGGUGUCUUCUGGACGAGAACCAUCCCUACUAUGGCGCCCUGGUGGACGGCAAACGGAUGGACGUCAAGCGACCUAAUGGCUGGGGCGCACGUCACUCGCUGGCCGUGCUCGGCUGUCUCGGCUUCUUCGUCUCCUUCUCCCUGCGCGUCAACAUGUCGAUGGCCAUAGUGGCGAUGGUGAACCACACGGCGCUAGCCGAGCUGUCGCACCAGCACCCGGGCGGGCCCAACGCCUCGGCGCCGCCGCCAGACGUGGACAUCUGCCACCAGGGCAAGGCGGCGCCCAAAGAGGAGGUCGUCAUCACUGAGGACGGGCCGUUUGUGUGGACCGAGAUGAUGCAGGGUGUCAUCUUGAGCUCCUACUUUGUCGGCUACACGGUGUCGCAGAUCCCGGGCGGCCGGCUGGCCGAGCGGGUGGGCGCCGCGCGCACCUUCGGCGGCGGCAUCUUCCUGACGGCGCUGCUGAACCUGCUGACGCCCGUCUGCACCCACUGGAGGGUCGAGGCGCUCAUCUUCAUCCGCGCCCUGCAGGGUGUGGCCAGCGGAGUGACGUGCCCGGCCAUCCACUUCAUGCUGUCCCGCUGGGUGCCGCCCCCAGAGAGAAGUCGAAUCAGCACCUUCGUGUAUAUCGGCAAGCAGCUGGGCACGGCGAUGACGAUUCUGGCGUCGGGUCCGCUGGCCGGCUGGCGCUGGGCCGGCGGCUGGCAGUCCAUCUUCUACGUGACGGGCGGCGUGGGCGUGCUGUGGUACAUGUGCUGGCUGUUCCUCAUCUACGACACGCCGGCGCAACACCCGCGCAUCUCGGCCAGGGAGCGACUCUACAUCGACACCUACUUCAAGCCGCACGCCGUGCCCGCCGACUCGGAGAAGCCGGUGGGUUUCCCGUGGAAACAGGCGCUGAUGUCGCGACCUCUCUACGCUCUGAUUGUGGUGCACUUCUGCCAAAACUGGGGCGACUACAUGAUCAUGACGGAGCUGCCCACGUACAUACGAACCGUGCUGCACUACCCGCUCAGCAUGAACGCGUUCUAUUCGGCGAUCCCGCAGCUGGUGAAGGUGGUGUUUGCGCUCACCGUGUCGUUCAUGUCCGACGGCCUGGUUAACAGCGGACUGGGCCUAUCGGCCAACAGGAAACUGUGGAACUCAGUCGGCAUGUAUAUCCCGGCGCUUAUGAUGGUCGGUGUUUCGUACACCGGAUGUCACGACAUAGCCGUUAUCUCCUUGAUGGUCGGCACUGUCGGAUUCAACGGAGCCAUUUUCUCAGGAUACAACAUUAACCACAUGGACCUGGCUCCGAAUUUCGCCGGCACACUGAUGGGCCUGACCAACUGCGUGGCCACCCUGGCCGGCGUCCUGGCGCCGUUCGCCACCGGCUACGUCAUCAACGGACACCCCACUCUAGAGAACUGGCGCACAGUGUUCAUGACUGCCGCCGGGUUCUUCGUGUUCGGGAACACGGUGUUCUGCGUGUUCGGCACCGCCAAGCAGCAGAAGUGGAACGAGCCUCUCGCUAUGUACGAGAACAAUUUGGGCCUGGCCUACUCCGAGGCGGGCGCUGCGGAAAAGGGACAAGGCAAAAAGGACGCCGGCAUGACUGGCGACGGUACCAAAAAGGACGGCUGGCCACUAAAGAAGGCCGUGUUGUGAUCACCUGCUGUGGCGAACAGCUCAGUUAAAGAACGAUCUAAUGAGUAAAAUAUUAGAGUAUCGUGUCGACCAUUAUUUUCAUGAGCAUUGCUCAACUGCUGCACUGAAACUCCAUGACAGCAUCUGACGUCAGACGGAGUCCAGCGCUUUCAUGAAUCGUGCGGCGACUGUUCGGGGGGCAUUAUCGAUGGAUGUUCUGGACGCGACUCGUGUGCCGAUAGUCGGCCGUGUUCAGAGAUCUGAUCAGCAUCGGACAUUGCUCAUUGAUGAGAACGGCGUGCCGAUAGGAGUGAAGACGUGCGUUUGACGUUCGCAGUGUCUUAGGGAGCCUGUGUGCUUGCACCAAGACACUGUUCUUGACCUUUGUUGAUGAGUGUUGAGUUGUUCAGUAUUUAAAGUAUUGAUGGUGAAAUGCCAUUCGUGUAUUUAUUACAUUUCACCUGAUGAAUGUCAACUCAGGGUAUGCAACUAUUUACUCAUUGGGGCUGUGCUGUCAUGUGACGAGAAAUCGAGCAUUGCCAGUAGGUUUAUUUAGAAGAGCGACCAUCCAGGAUGUGUGUACAAUUGGGGGGUUUUGCAUAUGGACUAACAACUAACUGAUCCGUACAGACUAGUUAUUUAUUCAAAAUGUUGCGGAGAGAGCAGGCUAGAUGCUGUAUCGCAUUUGGUGCAAUGGAGAGAUGAGACCAUGAUGUGUUCAGACAUCGAUGAGUGUAAUAAACGAGAUUCGUUUU